AUGGGGAAUCACAGGUUUAGGUUAUCAGAUAUGAUUCCAAAUGCUUGGUUUUACAAGCUGAGGGACAUGGGGAGAGGAAGAAAGCAAAACACCACACCCUCCGGGAAGAAGAAGCAACCUUCACCCACUUCAACCACACAUUCAUCAAAACCAACCCAACCCCACCACCAAUACAACAACAACAACAACAACAACAACCCCAGAAAGUCCUACUACAUCACAAGAGACCUCAAAACCUCACCCUCAAACACCCCAAAAUUUUCCCCUCCCAGAAAAUCAACGAAACAGAGAACCAAAAGAGGAGCCCCAAGAACCCCAAAACUUGUCUCCUCAGGUUGUAGCUGUCGCACCACCCUCGAAUCCAUGUGGACUAAAUCAGAUUCACCACAAGAACACUCUUCCUCAUCCCCAUUUGACUCCUCACCCGAGUCAGAGUCCCCAGAAUUCAGAACAGACCGUGCUCUCCCAUGUUCUUCCUCAUUCGAUGAAAUGGUUUCCAUGUCCACCACCUCUUGCGCCUCUUGCAGGCUUAACACAAACAAAAGCAACCCCACCAACGACAUCAUCAUCGACGUCGACAAAAGCUCCAUAGCAAGAAAGGAUAACAAGCUUGAUGGCUACUACAAUCACAACAACAACGACUAUGAUGACACCUUCUCAGAACUUGAGCUUACUCCGAUCAUAACCAAGCCACCAAAGUUGUUAAAGAAGAGAGAACUCAAACAAGGGUCGUUGAAGGUGAGAAUUGUGAAAGACGAGUCCGCAAUGAAGGAACAGAGGAACAAUGGUUCUGUGAGGAGGUUCUCUGUGAGUUCUCCGGGGGUGAGGUUGAGGGUCCACUCGCCCAAAAUCGCCGGCUGGAAGGGGCGGAAAAGUGUCUCAUCGACGGCUAGUUCUGGCUCCCGGAGAAACCUCUCCGAUAGCUUUGCGGUGGUGAAGUCUUCCUUUGACCCGCAGAAAGAUUUCAGGGAGUCCAUGGUGGAGAUGAUUGUGGAGAACAACAUAAGGGCAUCCAAGGACUUGGAGGAUCUACUCGCUUGCUACCUUUCUCUCAAUUCCGAUCAGUAUCAUGACCUCAUCAUCAAAGUCUUCAAGCAAAUUUGGUUUGAUUUGACUCAAUCAAGGUAA